AAAAGCGAAAAGAAAAGAAUAGUACUUCUGUUAUAUCAAAGAACAUAAUCUAUCACAUUAUGGGAUAUGUCCAAAAAGCCUGCAAAUGUUGACGAAAAAGAAUCUAACUUUCAUUUUCUUUUCUUUAAUGGCAUUGAAAAAAACGACCUCUUUUCUUUUUCAUUUUUUUUUCGUCUCUCUUGUAUCAAAUUUGUUCUUUUUCUCUUCUGAUGGAAUUAGGAGGAAAUCCAAUGGCUGCAGAAGAGGGGUCAAAUCGUCGUAAUUGGAAAGUCGCGUCAUCGCCCGAGAUAGUCGAGAUUGUAGAGGAAAGCAAGAGCAUGGAUGAAGGUUUUAAUGAUAUUUAUGUUGCUGUUGGGAAAAAUGAUUUGCAUAUUGUUAAAUGGGCACUCGAUCAUGCUGUCUCUCCAGGGAAAAAUCGUGUUUUCCUUGUGCAUGUUUUCCCUCCUAUUACUUACAUCCCUACUCCAGUUGGAAGGCUAUCAAAGAGCCAAUUGAGUAAAGAGCAAGCUCAGGUUUACGUCAAUGAGGAGAGUAACAGGAGAAGGAAUCUCUUGGAAAAAUAUAUUCGUCUAUGCAUCGAUGCAGAAGUUGCAGUAGAGACAAUGCUUGUGGAGAGCAACUCUGCAGCCAAGGCAAUUCUUGAUCUGAUUCAUGUUGUUAACAUUACUAAUCUUGUUAUUGGAACUAAACAAUCACAUUUCACAAGGCUAUCGGGGAAGGGACAAGGAAAAGGAGAAUAUGUUCAAAAGCAUGCACCAGAAUUUUGCAAGGUUACUUUGGUACUAGAUGGCAAAAGGACCAAGGGCCUUCAAAUGCACAAGGCAAAGGAAAUUGUCCCAUCCAAGAUUGCAUCAAGUAAAAGGCCAGAUAUCAAUAGACAAUCUGAAAGGAAUUUCUUCGACUGUAUAUGCUUUCCAAGCAAAUUCACUUGAAAUUUGUAUUAGAAGGAAUAUGUAAAGCUAUUAUAUAGAAAGAUACUACAUAGCCUCUUAGAAUAACGAUUUCU